GCUGAGACCGCGCGCGCUGGCCCCGGCGCCCGUGGCGCGGAUCCGCCGGCGUCGCCCCUCCGGGCCCGAGCUCACCUUCCUCCUCUCGCUCCGGCCGCAGCUGACCGGGCGCCGGGAGCGGCCAGGGCCCCGCGUUGAAGUUAAAACCCCACGGAAGAAACAUGAGGUUCCCCUGGAAAUUACUCAAGAGGAAGAUGGAAGGGGCUCUUUAAAAUAGAUUAAAAGCUGCCGGCUGCAAGACUGGGGCCAGAGGGCUGGCAGUGGAAAGCCCUGUUGGGUUGUGAACCCUCACGGAAAAGUUCCAGGUGCCUUUUUGCUUCCUGCAAAAGAAAGGAAGAGAAGGCGAAGACCAUGUCCAUGGCCUUGAAGCAGGUGUUCAAUAAGGACAAGACCUUCCGGCCCAAGAGGAAAUUUGAACCUGGCACACAGAGGUUUGAGCUCCACAAACGGGCUCAGGCGUCCCUCAACUCGGGCGUGGACCUGAAGGCAGCCGUGCAGCUGCCCAGCGGGGAGGACCAGAACGAUUGGGUGGCGGUGCACGUGGUGGACUUCUUCAAUCGGAUCAACCUCAUCUACGGCACCAUCUGUGAGUUCUGCACGGAGCGGACCUGCCCUGUGAUGUCAGGGGGCCCCAAAUAUGAGUACCGGUGGCAGGAUGACCUCAAGUACAAGAAGCCAACGGCACUGCCAGCUCCCCAGUACAUGAACCUUCUUAUGGAUUGGAUCGAGGUCCAGAUCAACAACGAGGACAUAUUUCCAACGUGUGUGGGUGUUCCCUUCCCGAAGAACUUCCUUCAGAUCUGCAAGAAGAUCCUGUGCCGCCUUUUCCGGGUCUUCGUCCACGUCUACAUCCACCACUUCGACCGCGUCAUUGUGAUGGGUGCAGAGGCCCACGUGAACACCUGCUACAAACACUUCUAUUACUUCGUCACAGAGAUGAACCUCAUAGACCGCAAGGAGCUAGAGCCCUUGAAAGAGAUGACGAGCAGGAUGUGUCACUAACGCCCCAUCUUACCCUUUGGAAGAAAGAGAAAAGCUGUUUCCUCCUGGAGCCCUGAGCGGGUAGGACGGAGACCUCCCUGGCUGAAAUGGCGUAGCUACUCCCAGGAGCAAGCGAGGUGGAGACCAGCGGUGACUCUGACAGACAUUCCCCCUUCACUCCAGGCCUUCUUGACCCUCCGAGUGCUGCUAGCCUGACCUGUGGACCCGGCCAACCAUGGCUGAGAGAAGGACACCCCUCUACCCUCCGGGCUCGGAAUCUUCCAGAAGGCAGCUCUGCACUUCUGUGUACGUCGAAGUUCUGCCUGGUACCUGCCGCCUAAGCUUUACUGGAAUUCAGGUUUUGAGACUGCGAAAAUUAUUUGUACUUUUCCACUUCUCUGUCUUGUCCGCUGGCCGACUUUUCUGUAACGUGUUUUCUAAGCACCCAGUGAAUUUUGGAACUCCGGAUGCGCAGCAGGUUUUUCUAUAACAAGCCUUCCUUUUCAGGUCUCUGCAAGCUCCCGCCCUGGUCCUGUGGUCCAACUUGUAAAUGAGAGACCUGAGGCCCCAGCCCGCAGCAUCAACACAAUUUCCCUAGAAGGCAGUUUUAUCAGGGACCACUCCACGGUGGCUCGUCUCUGCCCCAAACAAGGUCUGCACUCUUUAACAGGGAAGAGACUGGUUGCUGGCCUAAGGCUGACGAUUUGCCAAUUCACCCUGAAUAGAAUGUGUUUUUUAUAACCAAACCAUUCCUUGCCUCUUCCAUUCAAGAUAUUUUUUUCCUGUUUCCCAGAAGAGAGAAAUAAUAGGAAGUUAUAAACGACCAAGAGUGAUCAGCAGAAGCCGUGAGCCAGAUUAGUGCAGCGUUUGUUCUUUGUGAAAGGGUAGGGAGUCGUGGCUGUCUCUGCCUAAUACUAAGAUUUCAGUGAGAAAAACAAAAGUACAAUUGGUUAUUUGGUGCAUGUAGCUCAAACGCCCAGCUCAUCGACUUACAACCUUCCCAGCUGGCCCUCUGAGCUUCUAAAUACAGCCGAUGUUUUCUUCCUCUUCCUCCCCACUCUCCCCUCCUCUGCUCUAUUAUAUUAUGGCACAAAAUUAAUUUCUGCGCCUAUGAUUGUGCCACAGUUGCCAAGGUAACAGUGGAGCUGGAGCUAACUUCCUUCUUCCAUCCGUCCCAAUUUUUCUAUUCCAGUAGACAGAAUAAUGCAGUCUGUGCUACAUCCUGCCUUUUGAAACCUAAGUGAAUUUUAGUUGAAUGUUGCCUUUUUUGAUUCAUGCACGAAACUGUGGUGGCCCUGAGAGCCUGUGACCGGGGCUAAUAAUACUUCCGUUUGAAUUUGACAAAAUCGAAGUUGGUGGAGGGAAGUAGAUAAGAAUGUAUUAGUGUGUUUUAAUGUCAUACCGAUUAAAGAAUGACUAAACGAUUCUCAUUUUGUUUCCUUCUACGUAAUAUGUUAAAGCCAUUUGUGGCUGCCAUGAGAGCCUAGAAAGCAUGAAAUCUUUCUUUGUCCAAACUAAGAAAGGGCUGACUGUCUGGGCACGGUGGCACUCUGUGUUGACCUAACCCAGCAAACCGACCCUUGCUUCGUGUCUCAUCAAGUCGUCUCAUGGAAUCCGAAUCCUGCUACCUCUCUCUAUAUUGUUGUGCUCUGGUCAACAACAAACAGACCCUUUUUUUGGCUUCCUAAGUAACUUUGAGAAGACAAGAUAGGCAAAGAUUUUUCUCAGCAUCACUUUUGGCUGAAAGAAUAUCUGAGUGUCCUAAGGAUCCAGAGAACAGAGGAAUAAGAACCCCUAUUCCCGACCUAUGCAAUACACAGUAAGUACCACAUGGAACUGUCCAGCAGUGGGACAGAGAAAUGACAGCGUGGAGCCCAUGCCCUAGGAGGAACUCGGAAGCGCCUCACCAUGGAAAACCACAGGAGUUUUGCAUUAAAAAGUGGACUAUCUUCCUGCAUUUCAAUAAUGCCUAAUCAAGUAGGAUGCUGGACUCUGAAGACAUUUGUUAUUAAUUCUUUUGAAGGUUAUUUUCUAUUAACUGUGCAUAUGGAAUUUCCACUCAAUUUAAAAAUCCAAAUAUUUUUUAAACUUCUUAGAACAAUUUCAUCCUGGUUAUACUGCUAAUUGCACUAAUCAACUCUUCUAGGAUAAGUUGUGGCAAACCACUCUUAUUUUUUAAUUACAGAGUAUUUCUAGUCCCACAGAGCUUUGUUUGGCAAAUUCUAAAGAAAAUCAUUACAGGCAGUUUUUAUCUCUUUGGCCUAACUACAUCCUAAGUACAUCUCAUUGCGACUGGAGGAUGGGAGCUCCUGACGGCCCCUCAGGCAUCUCCAGCUCUCUGGGUCUGACACUGAUAAUCCGUUUCUUCCUCCUAACCCGGCUGGCUCUCCUUCAUUUUCCACUAUUUUUUUUUUAGUUGAGUAAUACAUGUAUCCACUAUUUUUUUUACUUUGAGAAAUUUCAAAGUGGAAAUUUCAAAAAGGAAAGAUUACAAUGAACAUCCAUAUACCCUUGACUUCCGUGCAUCAGUUGUUAACAUUUUUUGGAUUGUUAGCGUUUUCCAUAUUUUCUUUCUCUCUAAAUAUACAUUCUUAUUGCUGAAUCAUUUCAAAAUAUGUUGCAGACAUCAUAAAACUUUAAAAUACUUUAUCAACUGUCCCAAAAAUGUUUAUAGCUUUUUUUCUUUUGAUCCAGGAUCCAAUUAAGAAUCACACACGUUGCAUUUAGUUGUCAUUCUCUUUAGUUAAGGGAUUAGAGUUCUCCUUUUAUGUAUCUGGGAGGGGUGUGUGUGUGUCUUUCAUGACACUGACAUUAUUAAGGAGUUCAGGCUGGUUUUUUGUAGAGUGUCCUACAGUUUGCAAUUUUUUUUCUGAUUGUUUCCUCUUUAUUAGAUUCAGGUUAAACAUUUUUUAGCAAAAAUACUACGUAAUUGAUGUUGUUUCUUUCCUAGUGCAUCACAUCAGGAAGUAUAUAAUGUCUAGUUGUCUCUUUUCAUGAUAUUAAGCUUGAUCAGUGGGUUCAGGUGUUAUCUACCUGACCUACUCAUUAUAAAGGUCCAUAAUUCGUUCUGAAGCUUUGAAAUUCAGUAUACAUACGUUUUAUAGAGUGUGAGGCUGUGUAUAUGUGCAUUUCUUUCUUAAUAUUCUCAGAGAGGUCCAGGAUCUCCAAAAGAUUACAACCAUUGCAGUUAGAUGGUAUAGCAGAGAAAAGAAUUCAUCUCUUCCCAUUUAACAGAGGGAAGGGGAAGCAAGAAGCUUCCCUGCACAGGCAAUACAUGAGUAUUCCGGCUAAUGAGAAUUUGUAUGGUCCCCGUAGCCAGGGUUGAAAUAUAUAUAACUUUUUUUUUCUCCCAUCCUCAGUAUCCUCCCAUUCAGACCCAUGGUUUAUUUUAGAGAGCAUGCAUUUUCAUUGAAGGAAUUGCCCAAGGGUGCAAAAAUUGAUUUUGGCUGUGGGUCGGGGGAAUCUUAGAUAUUAUGAUGGGUCAUGGCCCUCCAAAGGGCCACAGUACAUAUACAUAUGUGAAGUAUAUAUGAGGCAUUCAAAUUUCAUGGGGAUAGAAGGAUGAUUAGUAAUAAAAUGUCUAACAAGGCUUCUUAGGAGGAUGACAAUGAAAAAAAAAAUAGGCUGAGACAGACUCAUCUAGAGUCAGUUUCUACUUCCAAGGUUGUUAAUUUUUACUUCGUAGGGUGUUUUUUCUGAGGGCCAGGAUGAAUGGAAGCAACUUUGAGAGAUUUCUUAAUUCAUUCCUUCUACCCUCCCAAACCAUAUCGUAAUAUUCUAGGUGGAAAACCUAUUCUCCUCUCAAAGAUCUUCAGGCGCAGAAAUGCUAUAGCUUCCUUUGGGAUAACCCACUGAACACUUUACAACAUCUGAAAUCCUUCCAUUCUACUUGAGCCAAACUAUUGUCUGUGAGUUUCAGCUCACCUUUUCUGGUGUCCCACAUUAAGAAAGAUCCAAAAAUGAUAUAGGAUAAGUAAAAACAUAAUAAACGAGAGCUUUAUUUGCAUAUCUAGGAAAUAUUUGAAGACUGUUACCGAUUGUCCUUUAGCCUUCUUUCCUUUAGUGUUCUCCCAUUGGCAGAAUUCUCUUGGAAGUCUUGUUGUCCCAUUGCUAACAUUUUUGUAGCCCAACUUGAAACCUUCCCAAAGCUCUCCAUCAUGUCACUGUGCGUUAUGAAGUAACCAACAGUGAGCAUGUAAAAUGAUUGCAUGCUUUCUCCAGACUAUAUUGUGUCUUUGUUAAGUCCUGACUUGAUUUGUAUACCUUUAUAAAUUUUCUGUUAUAUUUGCCCACACUAAAUCUUUAUCUCUAUUAGAUUCAACCAUUUUGAUUUAUCUUCUUGAGUUUCCUUCCUUCCUAGAUUUAACACUCCUCAUAAGAUUAUACUGUUUUGUUUUAUUUAAUCACCUCUUUAAUUGGCAGAGCAUUAAGGGACUUGGGUAGAGUUCCUUUCAUAUUUUUGUGGUGAUUUAGGCCAAUCUGUCAUUCUGGUCAUUGACGGAAGCAUGUCACUUCUGUGGCCUCUAAUCUUAUAUCACUUCCACACCCCAUAGAUAUCACAUUGUGAGAAAAAGAAAUAUCAUACGAACAGUGCAGCCAUGUCUUCAAGAAAUGUGUACAAAAGGCAAAAUCACCCCAAGGAGUCAGAUGUGUCACUUGGAUAAUACUGCUGUCAUUUGUGCUUUGAUCGUUUUGGUCCUUGAUGAAAAGGUGAUUCUCUCCUAGAAUUAGCCAAACAAAGUGUGUUUUGGAAAUAAUGGUAUUUUUUUUUUCCUGCCUUAAAAAAUAUAUCAACAAAAAAACUUUUAUAACAGGCAAUUAUUCUCUGGGUAAGUUAUUAAUUCUGGGUAAGACGUUUUCAAUGAAUAAAUAAGGACUUUUGUAACUCUUAGAAGGAAGAGUCCAUUUCUAAUCUGACAAUUACGCUGUUUUACUAGCUUUUAGUGUGCUAAUUUCAAAGUUUUCCAGUGUCUUUUCUAAUUGCAUCAGAAAAAAAAUGUUUACCCUAUUUUCAGUUCCAUUUGUGAUUAAAUUAAAGGUUUGGUUAUAAGGACAGACUAACACAAGUAAAUCCAUUAGAAAAGCAAGAUAAAACUAAAGGAUAUUUAUGAAAUCAG